UCUCCGCCCCAUCCCAGUCCGGGGACUGCCGGAGCGCUUCAAAGUGUCCGCACGGUGCGGUGCAGCUUCACGCUCGCUCAUGUACCCACACGUAGAUGCGGACACAGACACACGAGCGGACAGAUAUGCAUUCACAUCUAUAACAUACUCGGACAGAUUUCUACAUGCAUAGUGAUAUAAAUCCACAUCUGCAGACAGCGGGCAGAGGGUUGGCAUUAGCACUAGGCGAUGGCGGCUGCUACGCGCGGCAACAGCAGCUCGGCCGCACUGCACGCCGCUCACGGCAGCCUGGAGCCCCCCAAGAAGCGCAUAGACCCGAGGAGAAGGCAGGCGGCUCUCAGCUUCCUCACCAACAUCUCCCUGGAUGGGCGUCCGGCGCAGGGUGAGGGUGAAGCGCAGGAGGACGAGGAGGAAGCACCGACCCGCACCGACUCCUGCCUGUCCUGCAGAGCCGGCGCUGCGAGCUGCGGGAAUGCAGCGGAAGGGGAGCCGACGGCGAGGUGUGCCGAGCGCAGGGUGCACACCGGCGGCGCGGGCGCUUCCCCCAGGGGGAGGAUCAAUUCCUUCACUCUGGGAAUUGUGCCCACUGCUUUCCUGAGACAGGCGUCAGUGCCCAACUACUGCCUGGAGCAGGGCCAGAUUGGCAGCGCCGCUUUCGAUUUACAGCGAUCCAGGCGCCGCUUGGUUUCUCAGCGUUCUUCAUUGGAGACUCUGGAAGACAUUGAGGAAAAUGCCCCAUUGCGGAGAUGUCGGACUCUGUCAGGUUCUCCCAGACCAAAGAGCUUUAAGAAGAUUCACUUUAUCAAAAACAUGCGACAACACGACACCAGGAACGGCAGGAUAGUGUUAAUCAGCGGCAAGAGGUCGUUCUGCUCGGUGUUCUCAGUAAUGCCGUAUCAAGACAGCGCUCAGCCUGGGGAGAUGCAAGCGGAGGGUGCGAGGCCAAGGCAUCCUUCCGGAGGAAUCAGUGCCAAGGAGAUGGUGGUUGGUCUGGAAGGAGUGGAACUGGGUGCAAAUGGCAAGACCGUUUCCUACACACAGUUUCUUUAUCCAACUAACGUGCUUGGUGGACGGAGGAACACAAUAGAUUCCACAGCAUCUUUAUCCCAGUUUCGCAACACUAGCCAUCGUAACACUCCUCUUGGGAGGGCCAGCAGUUCCCAGGGAAGCAUCGAAACAGGUACUGAAGUGACAGAGUUUGCAGAGUACGAUCCCAACCUGGUGGACGACCCGCAGUGGCCGUGUGGAAAACACAAGCGAGUUCUCAUUUUCCCUUCCUACAUGACUACAGUGAUUGAAUAUGUCAAACCCUCUGAUCUUAAAAAGGACAUGAAUGAAACCUUCCGAGAAAAGUUUCCCCAUAUCAAGUUGACCCUCAGUAAGAUAAGAAGUCUGAAACGGGAAAUGAGGAAGCUAGCACAAGAGGACUGUGGUCUGGAAGAGCCAACCGUGGCCAUGGCCUUUGUCUACUUUGAGAAACUGGCACUCAAAGGCAAACUGAACAAACAAAACCGCAAGCUCUGUGCAGGUGCCUGCGUUUUACUAGCAGCCAAAUUAGGCAGCGAUCUACGAAAGCAUGAAGUCAAACAUCUGAUUGAUAAACUGGAAGAAAAAUUCCGACUUAACCGACGAGAACUGUUAGCCUUUGAGUUUCCCGUGUUAGUUGCCUUGGAAUUUGCUCUUCAUCUUUCCGAACAUGAGGUGCUGCCACAUUACAGAAGGCUUACUCAGCAUUCCUAGCAGUGGCCAAGGGGGUCCAGAUUCUUCCGCCACUGUGCCGCACCCCACCCCCAUCUACAGGAAGCAACACCGUUACAAAGGACUUUGAACAUUCGAAGAGCAUACUGUGACACAUGGUAUUCUCACAUAUUGAUAUCCCGAGACAAACUCUUCUAUUUUUAUAUGUCCACUGAUGAAAAUGCACUUUUGUGACCUGGAGAUGUAGCGUUGACAUUUUGCAGUUAUUUUCCUGAUUAAGAUGUCUAUUGAUUUGACAUCCGCUGUCAGGACAAAACAAUUGUUAAAGUUUGUUUUACAAUUAGCAGAAUUUUGAAGGAACAAUCUCUGUCAUAUAUUCUAUAAUAAAUUGUUAUAUCAUUGUUUCUUAAAGAAUUUACUCCUAACCCCUGAUAACUUUUUUCAAACACUAGAAUGAGAAGUGACUUAUUACGUUUAUACAUUUUUGUGUAUAAAGCUGUUCGUUUUUCUUGCCUGCAUUAUCAAUUUAUAAGUGUUUCUCUCUGGAGAUUAUUGCCGAAUUAUAGAGAUGAGUAAAACCACAAUCUUUAGCUUCAUAAAGAUGCUCUAUGUUAGAGUUCAUGCUCAGCACGUUUCCAGUGCUAUGUUGAAGAUUUUGUCUUUUCACAAGAACCUCUCUUGAACCAUAGAUGUUAAGCAGGUGUAAAUCUGACUGCCGGAUUUCUUUUUCCUUACGUAUUCCUAUGUUGAAUGAUCUUUCAAUAAUGCUUGACCAGUCAGAUAUUUGAAUGAUAUGCUUUGCACUGUUAGUUGAUGAAAACAAGCCAUAUUUCUCUGUACAAACAAGCACAAACCUAGGCCAGUACUUACUGUUACUCUUUCUGGCUGCUGAUAAAACAAAGGCUCGGUAUUAUUCUCCAAAUGAAGUCCAGGCCAGAAAGGCUGAAUGUAACUAAUUUUACUCAGUUUUCCUGGUGAUAAUUCAGGUUUCUAAUUUGCAAAUUCCUUCAGAAGUGAUUUCAAUCUCUUGUCAGUAUGCUGUUCUCAAACAUUUGUUAUGUUAAUGUAUUUGGUUGGUUGGUUAAAUCUAUCACCCCUACUGGGGCACAGGCUGUCGACAGCAGCUCUCCAGAAUCCUCUGUCCUGGGCCUGUCUUUCAGUUUGGCCCCAUUGAAGAUCCUUUCUCUCCCAGGAAUGAGGUCUUUGGAGUUUCCGUUGGUGUUUACUAUAGCUCUGGGUUUUUACAGGCUGCCGUUGCUCGCCUCACAUCCAACCCUCCUCCUCUCACAGCUGGGGUUGGGACUAUUGUUAAUGGAUUUGUUUUACACUGUUUCUCUGAAAACCAAUUUACUGAUUAAGUUUAUUUUGUAACUCUCGAUGAUCUUAUGCAUCUGCACCAAUCUCUACUUUAUAGAAUAUAAUAAAAGUGCUGAUAAAAAGUUCUGAAAGUUGUGCUGAUGCUGUUCUGAAACAUUGAAUGC